CGGUCCGAAUAUUUGAUUACUGAAGAAUUCACGUUUCCCGAUGCCCACAAAAACAAAAUUCUUUUCCCCGGCGAUGAAUUAUUCAAUUUUUAAUUUCUGUGAAGUAUAGAAAUAUCCACGUUUAUAUACGAAUUAAUUCCCAAAUGUAUAUUCUCCAAUCUCCACGUCUCUCUCGCUCUCUCUCUCGACCUUUUUUUUUUUUAAUCUGAAAAACCCUAAAAUCUCGAUCUGAAAAUUUCAUUGGGGCCUGAAAGCACGAGAGCCUGGAGUGCGGAUUCUGCUCUUUUCGCUUGCUGAAGCGACAUUUUUCUUUCAGCUGUGAUUAUUUUCUUGUUUAUUUCGCCAUCAGCACCCCACGCCGCACUGGCCGUUGAUCGAACUCGUCAUUAUGAGCCAAUCAUCGUCUUUCCGACGCCGUGUGAUCUCUUGAUCUGUGCAUGCGCAAUCACCUCCUUCUUCUUCUUCGUCAUUCUCCCAAUUUCUGGGUACAUGUGUGGUCGGAUUAGGGAGCUAGGGUUUGUUAGCAGCUCUGUAUGCGGAUUGGGUGGAGGGUAAAAUAAAUGCUUGUUGCCGGGGAUCUAGGGUUUUCCUGCGUGGUCCUGGUGGUCUUGUUCUUCCCGGUGAUCGGCUUAGUAGUCAGGCAUAAAUGGCGGGUCGCAGUGGCCAGGAAGGAGGAGAUCAAGCGGCUUUUGGUUUUUGCCGCUGAGGAGGCAGCUAGGGCGGAGCUUGAGGCAACCGUUGGCUAUGCUCCUGUAUCCUUCUCUCCGCAGUUUCAGUGCGCUGUGUGCUAUUGCCCCACCACUACGCGCUGCGCUCGGUGCAAGGCAGUUCGAUACUGUUCUGGUAAGUGUCAAAUUGUUCACUGGAGACAAGGUCACAAGAAAGAAUGCCAUCCACCUGUGCUGUCUGAAUCCACUCACUCUGCUGAAGCCCCGUGCAGACAGGAUGGUGAUAUUAAAGCUGAGCCUCUUGCAGAUGGAGAAGGGGGAAAUUCUAUCUCGAAAUCUUCCAGCACCUCAUUUUCAGCUGGAUUUGUGUCGUCUUCUGAUUCUAGUGUUACUUCUGUUGAUGUUUCUGUCAAUGAGAGUAGUGGUUCAAAUUGUCCAGAGACAUUGGAUCGACUUCAGUCUGCUACCACUGCAUCUGAUAUGCCUGAAACUCCUUCCAACAGUGACAAACUAGGUCCAACUAAGCUAAUAUUGCCGGAGUUCUCUAAUUUGGUUGACAAUAUGGAUAAUUAUACUUCUAUUACCUGUUCUAAUGACGGAGAGACUCGAAGUGGAACGACUUCUUUAGAUUCAAAGUCAAACAUUGAUGGCUCUGAUGGGUGGUCAGGUGUUGAGCCUUCUACUGCCUCAUCUGGUUUUUGGGGGGCAACUCUUGACUCCAAUAGGUACAAAGAUGCCCUUGAUGACAAAUCCAAUAUGAGUGGAAAGAAAGACGGGGAUUCAUCUGAAGCUGGAGCUUUCUUGAAGUUCUCAUUCAACUUGUCUGAAAAUAAAAUUCCUUCCUUGCCUUCACAUGGCUCCAAGGCCAAACCUAUUAUAUCAUGUGAUCGUCACAGUGCUACUUCCAUAGUCAAGGAGCCGAGUGAUGGGAUUGCUUUAUCAGAAAAAAGUAGUACGGAUAUUUCGAAGGCCAAGAGCUCACCAUUCUUGAGCUCAAAGAUGUCUAAUCAUAUGGAAGAUCCUGUAAGUGAUUCCCAUAUAUCAAAGUCCAGAGUAUCUAGUUCUGUAUUAUCCUGUGAAUCUUGUUCCCAUUCAUCUUCUAUUUCUGGAGGAAACUCUACAAUGUCAGAUGCUUCAGAGGUCACUGGCUUGUCAACUUCGAGCUCUAAGAGGUCAAAUCAUACUCCACAUGCAAUGAAGUCGAGAGAAGCUGGAUUUUUUCCAACUAGUGCUUCUGAUGCUCAUUUAUCUUCCAGCACUGGGCGGAGUUCACUGUCAGAAGAGAAGCCUGGAAAGGUUGAUGAUGUUCAUGCUUGUCUUGUUUCAAGUUAUUCACAGAAUGCUACUAAUGGCUUGAAAACAUCUGUGCUGAAAGUUGUUGACCAGAUCAGGCCCUCUAAAUUGUCAAAGCACCGUCCGAAUGAGAUUGCUAAAAGAUACAAUGACAAGGGGCUCUUUCCGUAUGAACUAUUUGUUAAACUCUAUAAUUGGAAGAGGGCUGAACUGCAGCCGUGCGGGCUUACAAAUUGUGGGAACAGCUGUUAUGCAAAUGUUGUGCUCCAGUGCUUGGCAUUUACUCCGCCUCUCACUGCAUAUCUUCUUCAGGGGCUGCAUUCCAGAGCAUGUGUAAAGAGACAGUGGUGUUUCACCUGUGAGUUUGAAAAAUUGGUUCUUAAGGCAAAGGAAGGGAGAUCACCACUGUCUCCUAUAGGGAUACUAUCCCAAAUUGGAAAAACUGGUUGUCAUCUUGGCAAUGGAAGGGAAGAAGAUGCCCAUGAAUUUCUGAGGUAUGUUAUUGAUACGAUGCAAUCUGUUUGCCUCAAGGAAGCUGGGAUAAAUGCAUCAGGGUCUUUGGAAGAAGAAACAAGUCUUCCAGGCCUGACAUUUGGCGGCUACCUUCGAUCAAAGAUAAAAUGCAUGAAAUGUCAUGGUAGAUCUGAGCGGCAUGAAAGGAUGAUGGAUCUUACUGUAGAAAUAGAAGGGGACAUAGGGAGCUUGGAAGAAGCUCUUCGACAAUUUACGGGUACUGAGAUUCUGGAUGGAGAUAACAAGUACAAAUGUAGCAGAUGUAAAUCUUAUGAAAAGGCCAAGAAGAAGUUGACAGUUUUGGAGGCUCCUAAUGUCCUUACAAUUGCUUUAAAGCGCUUUCAGUCAGGUAAAUUUGGGAAGCUCAAUAAGUCGAUUCGGUUCCCGGAGAUUCUUGACUUGGCCCCAUAUAUGAGCGGGACAAGUGACAAAACCCCCAUAUACAGCCUUUAUGGUGUUGUGGUUCAUCUGGAUGUUAUGAAUGCUGCAUUUUCUGGUCACUACGUAUGCUAUAUUAAGAAUAUCCAGAACAAGUGGUUCAAGAUUGAUGACAGCACUGUAAAAGCUGUGGAUCGUGAAAGGGUCUUAACAAAAGCAGCUUACAUGCUUCUUUAUGCAAGGUGUUCACCACGGGCUCCAAGAUCAAUAAGGAAUGGAGUGAUAUCUCGUGAUGCAAAAGUUAAGAUCCCACACCAGGCCAAGGAUGCUUCAUCCAAGUUUGGCUUUGUCCCACCUACAAGGCAUCCCACUUGGGUUCCUACUCAUGGUCCAGCUGGUGCUGGUUGUAUGUAUUUGGGUGACUCAAGUAUCCGGAGGUUUUUUGACACAGACUCAUCAAGUGAUAAUUCUUCCCUAAUCAGCGGUUCAGAUGAAGGUUCUUGCAGUACCGAUAGCACUAGGGAUUCUACAAGCACUGAUGACUUUUCUGAUUACAUAUUUGGUGACCUGGGACAUGGAUGGAACAGUCCUUACAGAAACAACAAUAAUUCAUUAGAUUCUGACAUUUCGUCCUCAUCCUCUUCCUCUUGCUCAUCUCCUUACUCGAGGCACUCACUUCAUGCCGACUUGGACCAGUAUGCAUUUGGUUCUCCUGAGACAAGUGCAUCUCAAACUGAUAAUGCACAUUCUGCUGCAGAAGGUAAUGGUUUUUGGGGAAGAAUGAGUGGGAUUGGCAAGCUGAACACGUCCAAACAGUCCAGGAAGUUUGUUAGUAGUAGUAGUUCUAAUAGUAGUAGUAGGGAGACUGACAAUGAGAGUUUAGGUCGGCUUAACCCUGUCAACAUGAAAUUGGGUUCAUCUUUUAGAGGAUCAACCAGGGACAGACCAGGUUGAAAAAUCUUAUUAUAAUUUUUUUUUUUUUUUUAAAUUUUCAAGGUAGAAUGGGAAAAUAAAGAGUUUGCAAUGAGGCGUUGGGAGGUGUUGUAUGUAAUGUACUAUUGUUGUAGUCUUAUGUUUAAUGAAAUCAGGCCAUGUCCAUUUUGUGAA